AUUGCACAAGAUGUCCGGUAGUAUCGACCCCUCAAUUCCUCCCUUCCGGUACACACUUACAGCUUCCCCAGACGGUGAAAUAUGGGACCACACUGACGACACCAACAAAUUCCAGAAGUUUGGUUGGAGGACCACAACGACGGAAAACGCUUACGAAACUAAAACCAGGAUAGGGAACUGGAACGAAAGGUGUUUUGGUAUUGAUGAGAUACAAAAGAAACAUCAACCUAAAUCUCAGUACGGGCACUACUUUGAAUCAACUCAGAAAGUUAUGACCUCUGCAGUAAAGGCUCCCGACUAUCCUGACUCAAUUAAGUAUCUUUUAAGGAAGGAAGCAACAGCGUUUCCAUGUCACCAGCCAGAGUUGUGUAGUGAUUACACAAACCAGCUGCUUAGUGACAUGUACAAAACCAACACUUCAAGCAACUACUGCAAGCACGCUAUCUCGACCCCAGCUGAAGCUAAAGAAGAAGGAGAACAGUCCUAAUUACCAGAUUUGUAUUCCUCCCAAGUACCAACCCUGGCCUCACACCUUUCAUACGUUUUUAAAUGACUGAUAGCGUGUUGCCAGUUUUUGAAUUUUCAUAAAACUGGCAGACACAAGAACUUAGAUUUUACUAUCCAUGCCAGUCAAUCACAAA